AGUCAGUUUUGAAAGUGGCGUCGUUGGGAACGGUCUCGUCGCGACGUCUCAUCGUGCUAUUUGUGAGGUGGUGUGAUACAGGGAAAGCUCUGUCCAUAGGUGUAGGGCAUUUCUCGCAGCAGAGUGUUAAAGUACAUUGUGGGCAGGUGGUUGAUGAAGAGUAAAAUGGUGUAAUUGGCUCAUACCAAAGAGACUGUUUAUUCUUGUGUUGUUACCUCUCCCCCAAUUUCCGUGCCAUUUUCCCGCCAUCCGGUGUGGACUCAAACAUAAAUAAUUAAUUGAUGAAAAUUUGUAUUGAAAACCAACAUAGUGCAGUGUUUUACGUGCUGAAAAAAAAGAUAGACUAAUGUGUGACCCAAUGCAGUGAAUUGACUCGCGUGCAAAAAGUUGUGUGCGACAGUGUGCAAAAAAUAGAGAGAGAAUCUCCAAGCUAUAUAACUUGUGCUGCUUCCUGUAGCUGGAAGGGAAUUUUCUUCUUCCAUCGCUCCUCCAUGGUGCAUGUAUGAAGUUGUAGAGAGCGGAGCUGUGACAGGAACAAGAUGCUACGCAAUUGUGGUUGCUUCCGGCGGACACGCCGCAGUUUGAGCUUUGAGGAUUCCUCGUCGUGUCGUUCGUCGGAGAUUGAACGGGGUGGGCAGCUGACACCCACAAAUGGGAGCCUCCUCAAACUCUUCACAGCCCGAGGAUGGUGCGGACAGUGGCGGAAGCCCAGUCGUGGCAUGAGCAUGACAAAAAUUGAAAGAACUAUGAAGGCUGCAAUUCUCAUCCAGCGAUGGUAUCGACGGUAUUUGGCACGAAUGGAGGUUCGAAGGAGAUUUUCCUGGACUAUCUUCCAAAAUCUAGAAUAUGCCGGAGAGCAGGAUCAGCUUCGGUUGUACAACUUCUUCAAUGCUCUCUUAACGCACAUUCCGGACACAAUGUCAAAACAGACGGAUUCAUGCGACACAUCAAGGUCUUCAUCGACCGAGGGAAUGGAUUUGAAGUUUUCCGAUGAAUCUGAUGAACUUGCCGAUGAGGGUAUUAGUGGUCCGGAGAAACUCUCCUAUCGUGGACCCCAUAUCACCUUCCCACUCACAAAGAAGGAUCUCGAUGCUCUAAUAGAUUUAUUCCGUAAGAAGAAAUACAAUCGCCUCCAUCCAAAGUAUGUGGCGGGAAUUCUGCGAGAGGCAAAGACACGCCUAAAGCGACUACCAAAUCUCAAUCAGGCUUCCACGGCCAUCUCCAAGCAGGUCACCAUUUGUGGGGAUCUGCAUGGGAAACUUGAUGAUCUCCUUGUAAUUUUCCACAAGAAUGGACUUCCAUCACCUGAAAAUCCCUAUGUGUUCAAUGGAGACUUUGUGGAUCGUGGGAAGAAGAGUCUCGAAGUAUUUCUCCUCCUUCUGGCAUGUCUUCUUGUUUUUCCCGGCGGGGUGUUCCUCAAUAGGGGCAAUCAUGAGGAUUCAGUUAUGAAUGCCAGAUACGGAUUCAUUCGAGAGGUGCAUCAGAAAUAUAAGCAUAAUGCAGAGAGACUUCUAAAGAUGAUUGAGGGUGUCUACCGAUGGCUUCCUUUGGGGACAAUUGUCAACAAUCGCGUUCUUGUGGUCCAUGGGGGUAUUUCAGACUCAACAGACUUAGAUUUGGUAAAGAGCCUCGACCGUGGGAAGUACGCCUCACUCCUAAGGCCUCCCAUCAUGGAAGGAAGUGCUCCGGGUGUUGAUAUGAUUGAUCGCGUGGAAUGGAAGCAAGUGUUUGAUAUCCUCUGGAGUGAUCCACAGCACAACGAAGGUUGUCGCCCCAAUUCCCUACGUGGUGCCGGCACAUAUUUUGGCCCGGAUGUUUCAAAGGAAUUCCUACAGAGACACAAACUCACAUACAUCGUACGAUCGCACGAAUGCAAGCCCGAUGGGCAUGAAAUGGUACACGAUGGAAGGGUUAUAACAAUUUUCUCCGCUUCAAACUACUAUGAAAUUGGGUCGAAUAAGGGUGCUUAUUUGAAGUUGGAUCCACAGCUUGACAUUCACUUUGUGCAGUACACAUCGGCAGCAUCUAAAACAAGGAAGUUGACUUUUCGUCAGAGGGUGGGUCUCGUGGAGAGUUCAGCCAUUCGAGAAUUGGCUGAACAGCUGAGGAAUCGUCGGGAUGAGCUGGAACAGGAGUUUCUCAGUCGUGACGACACCAAGUCCGGCUAUCUCACGCUAGCCAAGUGGUGCGAAGCAAUGGAAGCAGCCACCUUCUUGGGACUUCCGUGGCGACUCCUUCGAGAUCGACUGGCACCACUUGACCCCAACCAAUCGCCCACUAGCGUAAAGUACUCCAAAACACUCGAACUUCUUGAUUCGGAUACAAUGAAAAGUAACCCAGGAUCUGCAUCAGUGGCAGAGUCGCUUUAUCGGAAUAAGACAAGUCUAGAGGCAAUUUUCCGUAUCCUCGAUAAGGACAAUUCGGGUCAUAUUUCCCUCGAAGAAUUCGGUGAGGCAUGCCACAUCCUCCACAAGCAUCUUCCGGAGCAUGGCACGGAGGCGGAACUUCUGGACAUGUGCAAAAUGAUGGAUAUCAACAAGGAUGGGCUUGUGGAUCUCAAUGAAUUCCUCGAGGCUUUCCGUUUGUGCGAUCAAGCACGCCGUGGCCUGCGGAAGCCCCUAAAUGAGAUUCUCUCCCUCGAUGAGGAUCAUAUGGGAUACAAAGAGAAUGGAUCCCUUGCCAAGAGAUCCGAAAAGGCUGACGAUCAGCCUGAGCAUAAGGUGAAGACUACGGUGACAGAGGAUGAGGAUGAUGCUGAGUCGGAGGAUGAGAGUGACUACACGGACCAAAUUCAGGAUGAGGGAAAGACAAAAAAUGCUCCGCAUGCACCUAAAGAUGAAGAUUUGUAGACUUUUUCGAACUUCCCGCGCAUUUUGUCCGCCUAGAAAACUACUUUAUCGACUCUGUCGCCUCACUAUUCUCUCUAUCCUCGACACCAAUGGCAUAUUUUAUGAAUGUGAUGUAAGAAACAUUAGUGGAGACACAAGUGGAGAGAUUGUGGUGUGUGUACUAAAUAUGGGACAAAAUUGAGGGUACAUACUAUUCGUGAAAGAAAAUUUUAUUAAGAAAAAAUCAAGAAUUUGUUUUUGAUAAAAUAUUCCUUUCCGAAUCUUCACGUCUUUCUAUGAAAUUAUUAAAUUAAAUAAAAAAAAAGAAAAACUGAGAAUAUUCUGAUAAAUAAAAUGGGAUCAAAAACACGAUUAUAUAAAAAAUUAACUACAAAAUUCUCAAUGUAAUUCGUUGUUAAAGAUUCAAAAGAAAAAGAUUAUUAAAGAAAAAAAUCUGUUUACUUACUAAUUAGGAAAAAUAUGUUAAAAAAAAAUUCUAGAAAAAAAUAUCUAUUGGAUGUACAAUUAAUUAUAAAAGAAAAAAAAUGUUGAUAAAUCCUAUUUGAUGUUGACCAUUUUCUUCAUUCAAUUUCUAUCCACGAAGAUUAAUUUAAUUUGAAAAACAAAA